AUGACAGAGACUAUAUCCCCCGACUACCUCAUCGUCGGUGCAGGCUGCGUGGGCAUGGGUUUCGCUGACUCCCUGGUCGCUGAAACGAAGGCUACAAUAGCCAUUGUCGACAGUUAUGCCCGUCCGGGAGGCCAUUGGACAAUUGCGUAUCCAUUCGUCACCCUCCAUCAGCCGUCCGAAGCCUACGGCGUCAACUCUCGAAAGCUCGGGGAUGGGAAGAUCGACCAAGCUGGUCUAAACAAGGGCUACUUUGAGCUGGCAACAGGUGAUGAAAUUGUUGGAUAUUACGGCAGAGUCAUGCACAGUACUCUUCUUCCCUCUGGUCGGGUUUCGUACUACCCACUGCACAAAUAUACCAACGACGGACAGUUUCACUCGAUUGCCACGGGUAAGCGUUACCAAGUCGGGCCAAAUACACGUAUUGUGGACACUUCGUAUUCGAAGGUGACAGUCCCUUCCAUGCGCCCACCUCAAUACGAGGUCUCGGACAAAGUCACUGUUACUACGCCCAACGGCUUGACAACAACGAAACGACCUUAUUCCGCCUAUACAUUGGUCGGAGCUGGAAAGACCGCAUUUGACUCCUCCAAAAAAGCCGAGAUCUUCAUGAAGUCCGCAACAUCUAGUGAGAUGUUUGAGCGCAUGGAAGAAGCUGGGUACGCUUUGCGUAUAGACAAGAACGUGCAGCCUACAAUGAUGAAGAUUGGGAUUCUCGCAAAGGCUGAGAUGGAAAGAGUCAGGGUUGUACAAAACAUUAUACGUCUGGGACAUGUCAUACGCAUCGAUGAAGACAAGGUCACGUUAGACAAGGGCACUUACACGCCCGUGCCUGACACUCUCUAUAUCGACUGCAGCGCAGCCGGUUUCCCAUACCGACCAGUUGUUCCCAUCUUCAAUGGCAGAACCAUUACUGUUCAAAACAUCAAGUUCGCCCAGCCUUCUUUCAGUUCUGCUCUCCUUGCACUCAUCGACUCCACCUACGACAGCGAUGAAAAGAAGAAUGAACUUUGUAACCCCAUCCCGUACUGUGCCAAGCCGGCAGAUUUCGUACAUACCUUUUUGGUGUACCUCAAGAACAGGUUGAAGUGGUUCGAGGAACCUAAGCUUAUGGCUUGGGUGGAACGCUCUCGACUCGAUUUCUCCCCCCUGGGUCCGCCACCAACAGAUCCUGAAGAAGCUGCGAAGCAUAAAGCUAGUAUUCCCGACCAGCUCAGGGCUCUCUGCGAUAAGUUCGAAGAAAUUGUUAGGAACGAUACUGCCAUCGCCUCCACUGCCUAG